UGACAUUCCAUUUGACAGUUGGCUUAUUUUUAGCUAGACUAUCAAAGUAUUUUCAACUGGACUGUCAUUGCACUUGAACUUGGAAUCUUGUAACCUGAGGAACUGCACUCGGAAAAAGAAGAAACUUCUCACAAAUGGGAAAUUAUAAAUCUAGACCAACCCAAACUUGUACUGAUGAAUGGAAGAAGAAAGUCAGUGAAUCUUAUGUUAUUAUAAUAGAAAGAUUAGAAGAUGACCUGCAGAUCGAAGAAAAAGAACUUACAGAACUAAGGCACAUAUUUAGCUCUGAUGAUGCCUUCAGUAAAGUCAACUUAAAUUACCGCACAGAAAAUGGGCUGUCUCUACUUCAUCUAUGUUGCAUAUGUGGAGGCAACAAGUCACAUGUUAGAACCCUUAUGUUAAAAGGACUUCGCCCAUCUCGACUGACAAGAAAUGGAUUUACAGCCUUGCACCUGGCAGUCUACAAGGACAGUGCGGAAUUGAUCACUUCUCUGCUUCACAGUGGAGCUGACAUACAGCAGGUUGGGUAUGGUGGCCUCACUGCCCUGCAUAUUGCUACAAUCGCUGGUCACCUAGAGGCUGCUGAUGUCCUGCUGCAACACGGAGCUAAUGUCAAUGUUCAGGAUGCAGUUUUUUUCACUCCGCUGCACAUUGCAGCAUACUAUGGACAUGAACAGGUAACCCGCCUUCUUUUGAAAUUUGGUGCUGAUGUAAAUGUAAGCGGUGAGGUUGGAGAUAGGCCUCUCCACCUAGCAUCUGCAAAAGGAUUCUUUAAUAUUGCAAAACUCUUGAUGGAAGACGGCAGCAAAGCAGAUGUGAAUGCUCAGGACAAUGAAGACCACGUCCCCCUCCAUUUCUGCUCCCGCUUUGGACACCAUGACAUAGUGAAGUACCUGCUCCAGAGCGAUAGUGAAGUUCAGCCACAUGUUGUUAAUAUCUACGGAGAUACCCCCUUGCACCUGGCGUGCUACAAUGGCAAAUUUGAAGUUGCCAAGGAAAUCAUCCAAAUAUCAGGAAUAGAAAGUAUGACUAAAGAAAACAUCUUCAGUGAAACGGCUUUUCACAGUGCUUGUACCUAUGGUAAGAGCAUUGACCUGGUUAAAUUCCUUCUUGAUCAAAAUGUCAUAAGCAUCAACCACCAAGGAAGGGAUGGGCACACAGGAUUGCACUCUGCUUGCUACCAUGGUCACAUUCGCCUGGUUCAAUUCUUACUGGAUAAUGGAGCUGAUAUGAAUCUGGUAGCUUGUGAUCCUAGCAGGUCUAGUGGUGAAAAAGAUGAGCAGACAUGUUUGAUGUGGGCUUAUGAAAAAGGACAUGAUGCAAUCGUGACCCUCCUGAAGCAUUAUAAAAGACCGCAGGAUGAAUUGCCCUGUAAUGAAUAUUCUCAACCUGGAGGAGAUGGCUCCUAUGUGUCUCUUCCAUCCCCCUUGGGGAAGAUUAAAAGCAUGACAAAAGAAAAGGCAGAUGUUCUCCUCCUAAGGGCUGGACUGCCCUCGCAUUUCCAUCUUCAGCUCUCAGAAAUUGAGUUCCAUGAAAUCAUCGGCUCAGGUUCUUUCGGGAAAGUGUAUAAAGGACGAUGCAGAAAUAAAAUAGUGGCUAUAAAACGUUACCGGGCCAACACCUACUGCUCCAAAUCCGAUGUGGAUAUGUUCUGCCGAGAGGUGUCCAUUCUCUGCCGCCUCAAUCAUCCCUGUAUAAUUCAGUUUGUGGGUGCCUGCUUGAAUGACCCCAGCCAGUUUGCCAUCGUCACUCAGUACAUAUCAGGGGGUUCCCUGUUCUCCCUCCUUCAUGAGCAGAAGAGGAUUCUUGAUUUGCAGUCUAAAUUAAUUAUUGCAGUAGACGUUGCCAAAGGUAUGGAGUACCUUCACAACCUGACACAACCAAUUAUACACCGUGACUUAAACAGUCACAAUAUUCUUCUCUGUGAGGAUGGGCAUGCUGUGGUGGCAGAUUUUGGAGAAUCAAGAUUUCUACAGUCUCUGGAUGAAGACAACAUGACAAAACAACCUGGGAACCUCCGCUGGAUGGCUCCCGAGGUGUUCACACAGUGCACACGCUACACCAUCAAAGCUGACGUCUUCAGCUACGCCCUGUGUCUGUGGGAACUUCUCACCGGUGAGAUUCCAUUCGCUCAUCUCAAGCCAGCGGCUGCUGCAGCAGACAUGGCUUACCACCAUCUCAGACCUCCCAUUGGCUAUUCCAUUCCCAAGCCCAUAUCAUCUCUGCUGAUGCGAGGGUGGAAUGCAUGUCCUGAAGGAAGACCUGAAUUUUCUGAAGUUGUUACCAAGUUAGAAGAGUGUCUCUGCAACAUUGAGCUGAUGUCACCUGCAUCAAGUAACAGCAGUGGUUCUCUCUCACCUUCCUCUUCUUCUGACUGCCUGGUGAGCCGGGGAGGGCCUGGCCGGAGCCACGUGGCCGCUUUAAGGAGUCGUUUUGAACUGGAAUAUGCUCUCAAUGAGAGGUCCUGUGCCACCUGGUCCCAAAGUUUUUCCGGAAUGCAGCAACUGUGGAAGACGAUAGCAUCCUGGAAACUGAGGUUCCCAGGAAGAAUGGAAGAAGAAAAAAAAAAAAAAAAAAGAAAAGGAGAGCAGUUGGGGGGUGAGGAUCGUAGCCAUUUGCUGUCCUGGAGCAGAAUGUUUAUCAAGUAGCAGCAAGAGUGUCUCCCUGUCACCCAAGGUCAAUACCCCCCUCAUGUACCCCCUCUCCCAAGUGCUUCUUUGUACUGAAACUCCCUUAAAUGUGCCCUUGUCUUGCGCUCCCUUCUUCAUCCCCAUUUAUUUCUCUUGCCAGCUCCCUGCCAUCAGCAGCUUCAACCCCCUGCUUGGGACCACUUUAAACUCCCCCUACCUUGCUUCUCUCGUCUUCAUGGGUUUUGUUGUGAUUUCACACAUCCCCUGGCUCCAGCCUCUCGUUCACACACACGAAGACGCUCACCUUAUACACACGCAUUCGCAGGCACGCGCACGACUGAUCCCCAGUCUGCACGUCCCACCCUGACCUUGACCCUUGUGCUUCCUCUAAUUUCUCCCCCAUUCUACCUUCCUAAUGGCCUUCAUCGGCUUACCCCUCUAGUGCCAGCAAAUAACCCUCCUUCCGUAGAACUCCAAUUCCAUCCUUACCCUACUUUAAAACCACCAGUCAUUUUCCAUUACCUCUAAAAUUAAGUGAAGUCAUGUCAUCGUGGAAUCCCAAAUGAUCAACGGCACAUUUUCCAGUUCCACCUCCCCCUGAGCGUCAUGGGUCCCAGCGGUUCUAAGCAGAGAGUGAUACGGUCAUUUCUUCUCUUCUCAAAUGAGUGCUGAACUUCCUACAGGGUUUUGGACAAUCCCACAAAAUACAGAAUCACCCUGCACAAGAUGACAACAGCAUCCCUGGUCGCGCACACUACAGACGAACUACAAGUUCUUCUCUAUCCCAUACCUACCUCGUGUUUAACUUACUGUUAACCUCUCCCCAUAUCCUAUUUUUUUUUAGCCUUGACACCCUGCCCAAUCUUGUCAAAAUAUUAACAAGCCUUCAGUAAUAGCUCCAUCAGCUUAAUCACUACAUCGUGAGGGACCUUUUCUGGAGCCACCCCAUCCCCGUCUAUACCUUACCAAGGGCCACAGUAUUUUGUCCCACUUUAUGCACUUAUUUUGUCUAAUAAUUAUUUUUUUAAGAUUUUUUUUUUCAUGAGAGACACAGAGUGAGAGGCCAGAGACACAGGCAGAGGGAAAAGCAGGCUCCCUGCUGGGAACCCCAUGCGGGGACUCGAUCCCAGGACCCCGGGAUCCCGCCCUGGACCGAAGGCAGACGCUCAACCGCUGAGCCACCCAGGUGUCCCAUUAUUUAUCUUUUUAUUUCUCCAUUAGCUCAGAAGUGCUUCCAGGACAGAAAUUGCCUUCUCUUUUGUAUUUAUGUAGGUGCCUACACUAUCUCGUUUAUAAUUUAACUGUACGUGGUGAAUACUAAAAAUAUUUAUUUAUAAUAAGUCAGAGGAAUCAUUAGUCGGGCUCUGAACACUGUGCUUUGUCUCUCUGCAUUUUAAGUGAGUGAGACUCUGGCGCUCAGAGUUUGCGACCCUACAUUCCUAUCAGGUCAGAUACGUUCUUACCCAAAAAUAAUGAACCACCAGAUAAUGUUGCCUCUCUGUCACAUGUAGAGCAUUAAAAGUCUACCUAUUUCUUCUUAAUGAACAAAAGAUAAAAUGGAGGUACCUGAAUUUGUGAGGAGAGAAGUGAGUGAUGCAUUCAUUCCCAGCGUGUGAAAGAAAAAAGAGAGAUUGCUUUGAGUUGAGGUGGUCAGGAGAGGUCUCAAUGAAGAGGCAGAUGAUGGAGAUGCGGUCCAGGUGUAAAGAGAACAGGAGGGACAAACACGAAAUAAUGAUUGCAAACUUUG